GUUCUCCCGCACGGCCGCCGGUCCUCCCGCGCAGGCGAUACCAACCCAACCUGACACCACUAGAGCGCCACCAGUUCGCUGCCCUUCCUCCUCUCUUCCAUCCAGUUUCCUUCUCCUCCCGUCGUGCGCUGCGCGCCCACGGCGACCACAUCUCCAUCACGCCUCAUAUGUGCGUCGCCGCCACUGUAGGCCUCCUCUGCAGCCCGGCCAAAUCUGGCCACCACCUCGAGGUCAGCACCGCUCCUCACCGCGCCAUGGCCGCCGCCCUCGCUCGCGCGUCGCUCGCCUCACAACACACCAUCCUGCUCGCGCUACCCGUCCACCACCGCGCGCUGCCGCCAUCAGCCGUCUGCUUCGACCGACCGGCCGCCACCAGUAUGACGUCUCCUGGGCGCUGGGUUGGGGCCGGGCGCGACUCUGUUGCUGCUACCCCAAGUCGUCGAGGAGCAACAUGAAUCGGGCUGGGCGCACCCGUUCCUCUGCUCCGAUCUUCUAGGCGCGGUUGGACGCGGGCCGUCCGCCGUUUGGUCACUGGCGUCGUUGUUCUGCUCUGCUAUCGUCAUCGUUUGCGAGGAGCCCGGUUCCAUCAGUAGCGCCGUCUUCCCAGGGACACCACAUUCUGGUUUUCCACAUAGCUUACUUCACUGCUACUAAGUAUGGACUAAGCUUCUCGAUGUGGAGAUCAUGUAAUCAUGUUGUUCUUCAGUAAUUUUUCAUUUGCUGAUACUGACCACACAGCCCACUGCCUGAACAUCUGUGCAUCCCCUCAACUGGCCCACACUUUUAUCUUAUCAGUUGCCAUUUACGGCCGUCCAAUAAACUCUUGUCCUAAAAAUCAAAGAAACCCUUCUGUUGAACGUCAUUGAUGAUUGACGCUUCACAUCCUCUCCCCACUAUGUCCACAAGAAACUGAUGGAUUCCCAUUUAAAUUGGGUGCUCCACAACUCAUUUCAUUCCCGUCGUCUUCCAUACGGGUGGCCGUCUGCCAUACUACUCAUGCAGCUACCGGUGGUGAGAAACUCCCUCCAAUGGUUUCGUCAUCUUAAAUCCACCUCAUGAGCCCCUCUCCCUUCCCAAUCCGCUCUGUGGACCAUGACCAUAUUCAUGCUCCACCAUCACUGUUGUGACGCCGGGAAUAACAAGGCUGUUGUCAUGGGAUGUUGAUAGGCCGAAGAGGAGAAUGGUGACAGUAAGGAGGCCAGUACAAAUCUACACUUCCUAAAUACAGGAGAUACGGGUUGCUGACAGAAAUUAGAAGAGCAAUUUCUACCAUAAUUUGGACAUUGUUUCUUUCAAGGCUGCAAAUGGAAUACCUCACAUUCUUUAUUCCAAAAUCAGUUUCAGGUGUUCUAGAAAGUGGAAUUCUGGAAUUUUGAUCUUCUGCUGCGAGAGAGCAAAAAAUUGUUUGUCCAUUAUGCUAUAAUUGUUGUUUUAUAGACCCGGUUCAUGAAUCCUUAGUGAAAUCUUUUGUUUCGUUAUGCUAUUGCUUGAUGAAAGUUCAUGCCUUGGCCGAUGGAAAGGUAUGUUGAACUUGCUAUGAUGUAGCCGAUGUAAAGUUCAUUUUUCCAUGUACUCAUAUACCACCACGUGUAUCAGUUAGUUCAUUUUCCUCAUAUGUUUCUACCGCACAUUACUACUAUUUUACGGCUAUGCCCUACCGCACAUUACUACUAUUUUACGGCUAUGCCUAUGGAUUUUAAGUUCUGGAAAUAAGUAAUGCUGAUAAGGCUGUCAAGCUUUGCGUGUAAACUAAACAUGUGGAAAAAUUCAGUGUCGCCUAUACUAAAAAAUCAUGCCCAUCACACCAUUUUUUCAAUUUGUAGCAGUGAGCAGAAAAGUAAGAGUGCAUUUUAUUUAGCUUCAAUUGGUUCAUGUAUGAUGAAUUGAUGACCAACAUUUUUGUCUUGAAAGCCAUUUGUAGAUACGUUAAUUUUCCGUGCAACAUUGCAAACUAGCUUUUCUAUUUCUAUAUUUUAUUUGUAGGCCAUUAUAUUACGACUGAGAAUGCAAAGAACCUGAAUGGUAAAGAUUUAAGCUUAUCCUCAUUUUUCCAGCUACCCAGGUCUUCUUAAUGUUGCCGAUUAUUGUCGUCUUAGACUCUGAGUUGACUUCUUAACAACGAUUAUACCACAUAUAAUGUAUCAUAUUAUUGAUUCAAAUUAGUUGUCUUCUUUUGUAUGUCGAUGUUACUCUAAAAAUCCGUGACAUAUUCCUGCAGCAAUGCGCGGGGCAUCAUCUAGUAUGAUGAGUGCGUAUGUCUGUGUUAAAAAAAAACAAUAAUGCCACCGCGUGAAUAACCGGAAGUAUUCCUCGGUUUUCCCCUUUGGCUGCCUGCCUAGCUGAAACCGACGACGACGCUACCACUCUCCUUCCUUCCUUUCCUUCACCGCGUCUCCUCCCAGACAAAAUCCCAUCCGGAAUCAACUUCUCUCCCUCCGAUCCUCUUCCUCCCCCUUCCCCGCCGCCUCCGCCGGCGAGAAUCGCCGCCGCGUCCGUCGCCACGACCUAGGAGCCCUCCUUCACGGGCGGACCUCUUCCCGGAGCCACCGGAGGGCGGGGACGGGCGGCCAGUCUCGUCCAGAGCCGGUAUGCAGAGCCAGAUCGUGUGCCACCGCUGCCGGAGGGUGCUGGCCUACCCGUCAGGGGCGCCCAGCGUGUGCUGCGCCAUGUGCCGAGCCAUCACCGCCGUGCCACCCCCAGCGCCAGCAGUGGAAAUGGCUCAGCUUAUAUGUGGUGGUUGCCGAACUUUGCUGAUGUACACCCGUAAUGCAGACACUGUGAGAUGCUCAUGUUGCAGUACUGUCAAUCUUGUCAGACCAGUCAAUAAUAUAGCCCACGUGAACUGUGGUCGGUGCCGAACAACUUUGAUGUAUCCACAUGGAGCACCUUCUGUCAAAUGUGCCAUCUGCGAUUAUAUCACAAAUAUCACAAAUACUGGAAUAAAUACCAUGUCACCAGCGCCAUGUCCAAGGCCUACAUCAAAUGAAUCUGCAUAUAAUGCCUCAUCAGCUUCUGUUCCCACACCUCAACCCCAGAAUGUAACCGUCGUUGUUGAGAACCCUAUGACAGUUGACGAAAAGGGUAAACUGGUCAGCAACGUCGUAGUUGGAAUUACACCUGGGAAAAAUUGAAGGGUUGUUUCUCACCUGAUGUAUACCUGUUUUGUGUUCUAUAUAAGAACCUGGAAAGACCAUGUACUGGUAUUUCCAGCCUUUGGUGAUUGGUUGCUGCCUGACCUGGAAGAACAAAGACGCAUACAGUGCUUUUUGGAAUUUCACCAAGGAAAGCAUGCAUUUCGAAAGCUGUAUUCUGAAUAUGUUGAUUCUUUUGUCUGUAUAUGAGUUCUAUCAGACUUCACUAUGGGCAUGACAAAAUGGUAUUAUACAUAUUUUGAAACUUUA